AUGGCUUGCUGCUUCGGUCAGACCAUUCGACAGCUCGCCAACGGUGGCGCACCUUCCGAGAACAUAUAUGGCUGCGAUUUGCAGCCAGAUUUUAUCGAUUUGGGUUACAGUCUGUUCAAAGAUCGCGAGAAGCUCAAGACAAAAUUCUUGGUAGCUGACAUAUUCGAUUCCCAGUCGGCGCUCACGGAGGUUAAAGGCCAGAUCGACAUGGUCUACGCUGGAUCAUUUUUCCAUCUAUGGGGAUACGAGAAACAAGUCGAAGUCUCUAAAGCCGUUGUCGCGUUGCUACGUCCGCAGCCAGGCUCGAUGAUACUCGGUCGUCAGGUUGGAGCCACUGAGCCUCUUGAGAAGAUUGGCCCUACAGGCACGAUGUAUCAGCAUAAUGUCGAAAGCUUCAAAAAGAUGUGGAAGGAUAUAGGAGAUGAUCUUGGCAUCAAGUUCAACGUGGAAGCCAAACUCAAGCCGCUAAGUAGAGACCAUUUGAAGUUCCAUCUGGACAACACGAAGCGGCUGUGGUUUGUCGUUCGCCUCGAAUAG